GCGGAAAUUAUAUGUUUUGGCGCAGACGCCAGUUGAAAACUAGACUUCGUGUAGUAGUUUCAUCCCAUAGGGAUAACCACAGCUGUAUAUUGUACUGGGUGGAUACAAGUCCCUAAACUAAUCAGCGAACUAGCCUACCCUAAGUUCUUAGCUAAACCUUACUAAUCAGCUAACUAGCCUACCCGGAGUUCUUAGCUAAACCUUGCUAAUCAGCUAACUAGCCUACCCGGAGUUCUUAGCUAAACUUUACAAUGUUCUUUUCUAAAGUUUUUCUUAUUGUUUCUUCUGUUAUUUUGGCAACACAAUCAUUUCCACAGAUUAAGCUUCAAAGUUUGCUUCCUGUGGAUCCUAUUGAAGAAUUUGACACCUGGGCCUGGGGAGAACAUCCUAAUGGUCUGGGAUACAAAGCAAGGAACGGAUUAUCAGUAGAUCAAUGUCUGAAAAAUCCACAUCUUAUAGAUACUCCUGCUUGUAAAUUUCCAGCUAAACUUUGUAUGGAUGUUCCAGAAUAUGCCACUAAACAAGCUUGUGCAGGUAACCAGUAUCCUGCAGAGUUUUGUGCUACAGAUAUCAGGAUUGCUCUGCUAGAAGGAUGUGCAGGUAACCAGAUUCCUGCAGAGUUUUGUGCUACAGAUAUCAAGAUUGCUCUGCUAGAAGGAUGUGCAGAUGCUCUCUACCCCAAAGAGUUCUGUGUUGCCAACCCUGUUCUUGUAUCUGCUAAAGGAUGCCAGAAGUAUUUAGCAGAUAUUUGUUCUUUGGAUGUUAAGCUAGCAUUGAGUCCGCCAUGUGCAGAUGCAACCUAUCCUAAAGAUUUCUGCGUGGGAAACCCUGUACUUAUCUCAGCUAAGGGAUGUGAGAAGUUUAAAGGAGACAUAUGUACUUCAAGCCUUGAGUUAGCUGAGAGUUCUUCUUGUUCAGGUGCAGCUGAUCAAAUUACAAGAAAGCAAUGUACAUCCAAUGGAGAUAUCUGCAGAGCUAAAAUAUGUGAUAAAAGAGUUCCAAAUAAAGAUUUCUGUAAAGCUUGAUCUUGGAGAUUGGUUUCUUAAUACCUUUAAACCUAUAGAUACAGGUUUCUGAAGCCUAUUCCUGUAAGGUUUCUCGAAACCUAAUCCUGGAGACAGGUUUCUGAAACCUAUUCCUGGUUAAAGGUUUCUAAAACCCUAUAGUCCAACAUGGAAUCUUGAAUCUGGAAUCAGUGGUUUAAAAAUGUCCUUGUGUUAAAAUUCUCAUCAGAAUCUGUUAAUUAAUAUUGCUGUUAAACCUGAAUAAUUAUUUAGAAAAAAUAAACGAAAAUUAUAU